AGUCGUUGAAGCGUUCGGUCGUUUACACGGUUGUGAGCGAGUUUAAACCACAUACGAGGCUUAAGUGCAAAGAAUCGAAAUUAAAUGAAAUUGAAAACGAAAAAUAAAAACUUUUAAACGGGCCAAACGGCAAGCUUUUGUGAAUGAAACCCAGCUUGAAUGUAUUUAAUAAAGGAGCGCACGGGUUUUAAAUGCAACUCAAUUAAACACUAAAUUCUGUUGUUUGUUGUGCAAAAACGUUUUUGGUAGCAUUGCCGCUAACAACAACCCAAUCGUCGACGCCGCCGUCGCAGUCGCUGUCGCAGUCUCAGUCGAAAUCGCAGGUCGACUUCGUCGUCAAAAAAGUGCUCAAACAAGAUUUCCACUUGAAAUUCCUGAAUUUCGUUCGCGACGCGCAGCAAAAACAAAAUAAAAAAGCAAUAUAUAAAUGGAAAUAUAGAAGCGCAAUACAAAUACAAAUAUAAAUAAUUACCUAAAUUUCUGCAAGUGCAGACAGCAUUUUGAAUGUGUUUAUAACGGUGUCUGCCUGCUAUCAAUGUAUAUGCGUUCAUGUGUGUGUCAUAAUUUUGUGCAGUUUGGAAACACUUUUGGAUUAGCGGCGCUUUUAUUUACAUAGACUUUGCACGACUAAUCGAUCAUUUUCAAUCGCAGCAUCUAUUCUUUUUUUUUAAAGAUAUAAUCCCAGGAUGCGCGCAGCAGGUCACAGACGAACGGACCUCAUGAUGAAGUUGCCGACGAGGCGUCUCUGAACUGCUGACAGCCAAGUGCCAGCGCCAGUGCGUGCGUAUCUCAAAGCAACCAACAACAACUCUAAGUCGCAGCGCAUUUCCGGCUGGACGCACCGCGCAGCACCGCACCGCACCGCACCUAUUUAACUAAGUGGACGGCUCCGGCUACCUACGCGUUCGCUCGUCGCUCGUUACUCGUCACUCCCGACUCGUCACUCGCCGCUGCUAUUGCCAUUGCUACCACUGCCGCUGCAACUGGGCAGCUGCUAUCAGUUCUGCAGAAGCGCGCGGUCGCGACGGGCUGCAAAAAAUCGAAAUAAAUAAAUAAAGUGAGCGCCGGGAGCGCGAAGUGGAACAAUAACAAAAUAACAACGAAAUCGUCAAACGAAUAUCGAACAACGAAAUGCAUCAAACCAAUGCUCCGUCGUGAACAAUCAAAUACAUACGCACACAUACAUAUAUAUGUAUAAAUAUAUAUAGAUAAAUACGUGAACAGCAGGGAAACACGGCAAGCGCUCGACGACAAUCCUUUUGCCUUGCGCAAAUAUUUGUGGAAAAGUGAUUGCUGUUGACAAAGUGGCGUCCGCACACGCACUCGAUACUUUCAAUUAGGCACGUUGCUUAUAAAUGUGCCACAAUGGCGCCGCCGUCCAGGACGACGACACCGUCAACGGUGCAACCACCGACGCGUUGUAAAGCCACAGCGACAGCCACGGCGAGAGCUAAGGCUCUAAUCCUGCCCCUGUCCAUGUCCCAGUCCCUGCCCAUGCCCCUGCUACUGCUGCUGAUACUAGCUGCUGUCAUGGUCCGUGCUGAACCGUAUUCGAGCGUUUUCGGCAGCUCAGCCAUCGCCAGCGGCGGCUUGGGCUCCGUGGGCAUUCACAUACCCGGCGGCGGAGUGGGCGUCAUCACAGAGGCGCGCUGUCCGCGUGUGUGCUCCUGCAGCGGUUUAACCGUCGACUGCUCGCAUCGUGGAUUAACGCAGGUACCGCGAAAAAUAUCAGCGGAUGUGGAAAGACUCGAUUUGCAGGGCAACAAUUUAACCGUGAUAUAUGAAACGGAUUUUCAGCGCUUGACCAAACUGCGAAUGCUACAACUGACGGACAACCAAAUCCAUACCAUAGAGAAGAAUGCACUGCAAGAUUUGGUUUCACUGGAGCGACUACGCCUAAACAACAAUCGACUUAAGGCAAUACCUGAAAACUUUGUGACAAGUUCAGCGAGUCUUUUGCGAUUGGACAUCUCGCACAAUGUCAUCACAACGGUCGGCCGGAGGGUCUUUAAGGGCGCCCAAUCGCUGCGGAGCCUUCAGCUAGACAACAAUCAAAUCACAUGUAUGGAUGAGCAUGCCUUCAAGGGAUUGUUGGAGCUGGAAAUACUCACACUGAAUAACAAUAACUUGACCGCCCUGCCGCACAAUGCCUUCGGGGGAUUGGGAAAAUUGCGGGCGCUGCGCCUCUCGGAUAACCCGUUCGCCUGCGAUUGCCAUUUAUCCUGGCUGUCGCGCUACCUACGCAGCGCGCCGCGGCUCGCCCCCUACACGCGCUGCCAAUCGCCGUCGCAACUGAAGGGCCAAAACGUGGCGGACCUGCACGAUCAGGAGUUCAAAUGCUCAGGUCUCACCGAGCAUGCGCCAAUGGAAUGCGGCGUGGAGAACAGCUGCCCCCACCCGUGUCGCUGUGCCGAUGGCAUCGUCGAUUGCCGUGAGAAGAGUCUGACGAGUGUACCCGUUACACUGCCGGAUGAUACCACCGAGCUGCGCUUGGAGCAGAAUUUCAUCACCGAACUGCCAGCCAAAUCUUUCUCCAGCUUCCGGCGACUGCGACGCAUCGAUCUGUCCAACAACAACAUCUCGCGCAUUGCCCACGAUGCGCUAAGUGGCCUAAAGCAGCUAACCACGCUCGUGCUGUAUGGCAAUAAAAUAAAGGAUUUGCCCUCGGGCGUAUUCAAAGGACUCAGCUCGCUGCAGCUGCUGCUUCUGAAUGCCAACGAGAUCUCCUGCAUACGCAAGGAUGCCUUCCGCGACCUGCAUAGCCUCAGUUUGCUCUCACUUUACGACAACAACAUACAGUCGCUGGCUAAUGGCACAUUCGACGCCAUGAAGAGCAUCAAAACGGUACAUUUGGCCAAGAAUCCUUUCAUUUGUGACUGCAAUCUGCGCUGGCUGGCCGACUAUUUGCACAAAAAUCCCAUAGAGACAAGUGGAGCACGCUGUGAGUCACCGAAGCGGAUGCAUCGCCGGCGCAUUGAAUCUUUGCGCGAGGAGAAAUUCAAAUGUUCCUGGGAUGAAUUGCGAAUGAAGCUAUCCGGCGAGUGUCGCAUGGACUCGGACUGCCCAUCCAUGUGCCAGUGCGAGGGCACGACGGUCGACUGUGCGGGACGUGGUCUCAAGGAAAUACCACGCGACAUUCCAUUGCAUACCACAGAGCUUUUACUCAACGACAACGAAUUGGGACGCAUUAACUCGGACGGCCUGUUUGGACGAUUGCCGCAUCUGGUUAAACUGGAGCUGAAGCGCAAUCAGCUGACUGGCAUUGAGCCGAACGCCUUUGAGGGUGCAUCGCGCAUACAGGAUUUGCAGUUGGGCGAGAACAAGAUAAAGGAAAUUUCGAAUAAAAUGUUCCUCGGACUGCAUCAGCUGAAAACUCUCAAUCUUUAUGACAAUCAAAUUUCAUGCGUCAUGCCUGGUUCAUUCGAGCAUCUCAACUCGCUGACGUCUCUGAAUCUAGCAUCGAAUCCAUUCAAUUGCAAUUGUCAUUUGGCCUGGUUCGCCGAGUGGUUGCGUAAAAAAUCGCUGAGCGGCGGUGCGGCACGUUGCGCUGCCCCAGCGAAGGUACGUGAUGUGCAAAUCAAGGAUCUGCCGCACAACGAAUUCAAAUGCAGCAGCGACAACAACGAGGGCUGCCUCGGCGAUGGCUAUUGUCCGCCGGCCUGCACGUGCACCGGCACUGUGGUGCGCUGCUCACGCAAUCAAUUGAAGGAAAUACCGCGCGGCAUACCGCCCGAGACGUCCGAGCUGUACCUGGAGUCCAAUGAGAUCGAGCAGAUUCAUUAUGAGCGCAUCAGGCACUUGCGUGCGCUCACACGACUCGAUCUCAGCAACAAUCAAAUCACCAUACUAUCCAAUUACACCUUCGCCAAUCUAACCAAACUAUCCACGCUCAUCAUUUCGUACAACAAGCUGCAAUGCCUGCAACGUCAUGCGUUGUCUGGUCUAAAUAAUCUGCGCGUGCUCUCGCUGCAUGGCAAUCGGAUAUCCAUGCUACCGGAGGGCUCCUUCGAGGAUCUCAAGUCGUUGACACACAUUGCUUUGGGCAGCAAUCCCCUGUACUGCGACUGCUCGCUGAAGUGGUUCUCGGACUGGAUCAAGCUGGACUAUGUGGAGCCGGGCAUUGCACGCUGCGCCGAGCCGGAGCACAUGAAGGACAAGCUGAUACUGUCCACGCCCUCGUCGAACUUCGUGUGCCGUGGGAAGGUGCGCAACGAGAUCCUGGCCAAGUGCAAUGCCUGCUACGAGCAGCCCUGCCAGAACAAGGCCCAGUGCUUGGCCCUGCCCCAGCGCGACUACCAGUGCCUCUGCCAGCCGGGCUAUCAUGGCAGGCACUGCGAGUUCAUGAUCGACGCCUGCUACGGCAAUCCCUGCCGUAACAAUGCCACCUGCACGGUGCUGGAGGAGGGACGCUUCAGUUGCCAGUGCGCGCCGGGUUACACAGGCGCCCGCUGCGAGACGAACAUCGACGACUGCCUGGGCGAAGACAUACGCUGCCAGAACAACGCCACCUGCAUCGACGGCGUGCAGUCGUACCGCUGCGAGUGCCAGCCCGGCUUCAGCGGCGAGUGGUGCGAUACGAAGAUUCAGUUCUGCAGCCAGGAGUUCAAUCCCUGCGCGAACGGGGCCAAGUGCUUGGACCACUUCAGCCACUACAGCUGCGAGUGCAUGGCCGGCUUCCAUGGCAUCAACUGCACGGACAACAUCGAUGACUGCCAGAAUCACAUGUGCCAGAAUGGCGGCACCUGCAUCGACGGCAUCAACGAUUACGUCUGCAAGUGCCCGGAUGACUUCACGGGCAAAUACUGUGAGGGCCACAACCUGAUCUCCAUGAUGUAUCCGCAGACGUCGCCCUGCCAGAACCACGAGUGCAAGCACGGCGUUUGCUUCCAACCGAAUGCCGCCGGCUCGGACUACCUGUGCAAGUGCCAUCCGGGCUACACGGGCAAGUGGUGCGAGUACUUGACCAGCAUCAGCUUCGUUCACAACAAUUCGUUCGUGGAGCUGGAGCCGCUGCGCACCAGGCCCGAGGCGAAUGUCACCAUUGUCUUUAGCAGCGCCGAGCAGAACGGAAUCCUCAUGUAUGACGGCCAGGAUGCGCACUUAGCCGUGGAGCUGUUCAAUGGACGCAUACGCGUUAGCUAUGAUGUCGGCAACUAUCCGGUGUCCACAAUGUACAGCUUCGAAAUGGUCGCCGAUGGCAAAUACCAUGCCGUCGAGCUGCUGGCCAUCAAAAAGAACUUCACGCUGCGCGUGGAUCGAGGCCUGGCCCGUUCCAUCAUCAAUGAGGGCGCCAAUGAUUAUCUGAAACUGAGCACGCCUAUGUUCCUGGGCGGUCUGCCGGUGGAGCCCGCCCAGCAGGCUUACAAAAACUGGCAGAUACGCAACUUGACUAGCUUCAAGGGCUGCAUGAAGGAGGUCUGGAUCAAUCACAAGCUCGUGGACUUUGGCAAUGCGCAGCGGCAGCAGAAAAUCACGCCGGGCUGUGCUCUGCUGGAGGGUGACCCCUCUGAGGGCGAGGAGGACGACGAGCAGGACUUCAUGGACGAGACUCCGCACAUUAAGGAGGAGCCCGUCGAUCCCUGCUCGGAGCACAAGUGCCGUCGCGGCAGUCGCUGUGUGCCCAAUGCCAAUUCCAAGGAUGGCUAUCAGUGCAAAUGCAAGCACGGCCAGCGCGGACGCUACUGCGAUCAAGGUGAGGGCAUCACAGAGCCCCCAACAAUCACGGCCGCCGCUACGUGUCGCAAGGAGCAGGUGCGUGAGUACUACACGGAGAACGACUGCCGCUCCAGGCAGCCGCUGAAGUACGCCAAAUGCGUCGGCGGUUGCGGCAAUCAAUGCUGCGCGGCCAAAAUUGUGCGAAGACGCAAGGUGCGCAUGGUAUGCAGCAACAACCGCAAAUAUAUCAAGAACUUGGAUAUUGUGCGCAAGUGCGGGUGCACCAAGAAAUGCUACUGACUGAAAGAUGCGACUACCCCAUUGCUUAUACGAAGCAAUAGCAGCUUAGAUGUUAGUUUAGGAACACAAUUAAACUUAACUUAUAAUAUGAGUAACAACAAUAAUAACAGUAACUAUAAUAAUGAUGAUAAUAGUAGUAGAAAUAGUAGCAGUAGCAGUAGUAGUAGAAGUAGUAUUAACCUUAGUCUUAAGCCGCAUAGCAGUAGAUUUAAUGGCACGGGGCAGCAGCAGCUGGGCGUGGCUGCUGCUGACGAGAGACAGGAGGCGGCUUCGGCUGCGAUGGAUGGCGAGGAUGACUAUGCCAUGGAGGACAUUGAGGCGGACACAGAACGCAUGCAAGCGGACCUCCAUGGCGAGGACGUAGACGAUGAUGAUGAUGACGAGGUGAUGAGCUUAUUUGCAGAUGAUGACGAUGACGAUGAGGAUGAUGAUAAUGAAGAUAAAGAUGAUGAGUAUGAUGAGGAUGAUGAGGAACCGGAGCAGUUGCCUGAUCCCAAGAGUCUUAUCUCAGCAACAGCCCAACAGCAGCCGCAGCUGAGUGACGAAGAAGAAGACAUGGGCUAUGACGAGGACGAUGAGCGUCUGGCCUUGGAGCGACCCCGCACAACGCGCCCGCGUGCCGACGAGGAGCAUUUCGUAAAUGAAGAGGGCAGCGGCGCCGGCGGCGGCGCAGGCUACAAGUCACGCUUCAGGCCAAACAACAGCUACAGGCAACUGCACCUGGAGAAUAUUCGGAAGAAGCUGCUCACAGAGAGUCAGCAGCAGGAGCCGGCUGUGGCGGUGGCCGUGCCGAGCACUGCGAUUGAUCUGCGCGAGAGCAGCGGCCAUUUUGCUAACGAUGAUGAGGAUGGCGAGGAUAACGAUGACGGUGUCGAUGAUGAAUACCCUGACAAUGGCGACAGCGCUGGCUUCUUUGGGUCGCAACGCUCGAAGAGCAACUCCGGCUCGAAUCAUUAUUUCCGCAAGAAUAGUAAUGAUGCGAUCAAAAUUAUAUCCACGCCCCUGGGCAAGGUGGGCAUUGUCUAUCAGCAGACGCCCACCGAUGCCGAUGGGGACCAGCAGCAGCAUCAGCUGCAUGCGAACAAGCAGCUGGACAAGCAGGCGCCGCAGAAGCCAGCGACACAGUUCACAGACUUCGAUGCCUUGUCACCGGAUCCGGAGAGCAGUCAUCGUUUUCCGUCGCCACAUCCGAAAAUAACGCCCGUACUAACACCCGAUGGCAAGGUGGCGCUGCUUUAUCGCGGUGAUUCGGAGAGCUCCAAGUACGAGCCCAUACGCAACCUGACGCAUAAGUUUACCAGCUCCAGCUCUGCUAAGUCAGCAUCCGAGCAGGCCAAGGCGAACAGUGACGACUCCUCGGACGACUCCUCCGACGACUCGGUCUACACGGACAGCGAGGACGAGAGCGCAGGAGACAGACCAGUUCCAGCCCCGGGCUCAGCUGUGACUCCUAAGCCAAUGCAGCCAGAGAUACUGGAACCGCCGGCCCAUGCUCCAAACGGCGGCAGCUUCAUAAUACGACCCACCUCUGAUUCACUGCUCCCCAUGAUCAAUCGGCCCCUGUCCGAGGUGCUGGGCAUCAAGAAAAAUCAGUUCCAAGAGACGCGUGUGCGUGACCACCUGCCCAUGCUGGGCGUCACUGAGGCAACGCCCCGCUCUCUACUUGCUCAGCCCGCACAAGAGGCCGAGCACAAGCCGAGCAGCAGCCUGCACUUCCUCACCAAGGUUAAUCUGGCCGAAUACCCCACAUCCAAGCAGCAGUUGCCGCACUCGCUGGGCCAACUGCCCACAGGACGUGACUUUGACUUCAGUCUGGAUAAUACCAUGCUGGACGAGAGAUCGCGCGUGCGUGAGCUGGAGCGGCAGCGGGAGCGGGAGCGAGAGCACAAUGAAGCCACCAGCAAAGGCGCCACCGAAGCUCACACAAUUGCCAACGAACAGUUGCUGUCCAAAACGGAGGUCAUCAACUUGGCCAUAAUACCGCAAUUCGAUGAGGACAUGGAGAGUCUGCAGCGCUUGCACGAGAGCAGCGGGCUGGGCAGCCGGCGUCACCAUCGAACGCGCCAUCGCCACCGGCAGACGGACGAGGAACUGUCUGGCAUUCAUUGCGUCAUGCAGGUCAUGAUGGGCAUUGCUGCCGUAUCCACAGUUUUUGGAAUGCUGGGCACCUUCUUUAAGCAGCGCAUUCUCGAUCAGCUGCGACUGAUGCACUGGUAGUACAACAAUGGGUAUUCGAUCCGCUUCGAAUACCUUCCUGAACCCAAACCGAACGUAAAUCCUCGAGAAGCACAGGGUUCAUCAGGCUCAUCAUCAUCGUCAUCAUCAUUAUCGACAUUAUUAUCAUCAUUUGUUGUUCUGAUCUACUCCUCUAACCCACUCUGACUACUAGCACAGGAGGCGCAACUUUUACCCCUUAAUACUACUACUACUGCGCUCACUCUAUAUGACCUCCACAAACAUACAUAUAUAUAUAUAUACAUAUAUCAUAUGCCAUAUUUAUAUUCAUAUAUACACAUAUAUACUCUCUAUUAGGUAGAUCUGGAAAACUGUCGUCUGUUUUAGAUAUAAAUUCGCCAACUUUCUUUAAACUAACUCUGAAUAUUGUUGACAAACUGUUAAGAUAAUGUUAACUCAUUAACAGCACUAACCAGAGACACUAACCAGAGAGCUCUCUGGUUAGUGGUUAGAGUGUCAAAAACAUCUAGUAUUCUUUCCCUUUUACGUAAGGCUGUUAACGUCAUCAUUUACAGUUAAAUGACUGAUACUGUUAAUACCACCAUGUUAACUAUAUAUUAACAGCUGAGACUGAAGUCUGAAACAGUCUCUCGUUGUCACAUUAAUAAUUUAACAAUUGUGUUAACAUUAUUUAAAUUGUAUUAUCUUCAAGUUUUCCACUUCUGCUCUCUAUAUAUACACACAUACAUAUAUCAAAUCAAACAAUUAUGCAAAAUUUUUUUUCCCCUAGGAGCGUCCCUGCUUUUGCAUUUUCCCAUACUUCUAGUAUACUUCCGCUUCUUUAUAUAUAAAAUAUAUAUACAUAUAUACAAUAUUUAUAUACUUACUAGCAAGCUACCCAGGCGAUGUACAUAUAAAAGCACACAUUAACUGAAAAUUAUACGACUAUAUGUAUAUGAACGCAACUGUAGCCCCUGCCAAAAAUCUAAGGAUAUUUGAACUUUCCUCUCUUUUUCCCCAACUUGUUUUCGUAUUUCCAAACCUGUUUUCCCGUUUAAUCAAUUUCAAAUACAUUCACACACACACACACAUGGUCGAGUGUACAAGCUUUAAGCAAGUCAUUGCAUGUGCCACGCCCACGUCGCCAACGCACGCCCACAAAUAAAUGCCCCGCCCAAAAAAAAUAAAUAUAUAUAUAUUUAAAAAGAUGAUAUAUAAGAACAUUCCCUCGCCUGCGUCCUGUCAAAGAGAAUCGAAUUGUAGCAACAGUUUCCUUUUGUAGAUAGAAUACAGUUGUUUAAAAAAUUAAAACGAUAACGAUAACGAUAACCGAUAAAAACAAUGAAACGAUAAUACGAAAACUUCAAAAUCAGCUGCACACCACAAUAUAUAACGGGCGUUUUAAACGCGCCGUAAAUUCAAAGAAACGAGUAAAAACGGUAAUACUAAUGAUAAGCAUGCUUAACGAAAUUCUGUUUAAGUUAGUAAGUUGCUCAACAACAAAAACAAGGAAACAAAACAAAAACAACAACUAUAAGCAAGCAAUUGAAAUGAAAACAAAACCAAGAACAAAAUGCUUACGAAUUUUCAACAAUUGUUGCAAAGUGUUUUUCUAGCAGUAGUGUAAAAAAUAAUAGAAAUUGAAUAAUAAUAAUAAAAAGUAAUAAUAAUAAUAAUAUUAACUGUAACUAAAUGUGUGCUAAACGUAACUAACAAAUGAGAAGCAAACAAACUAAAAAAGUAAAGAAAAUCCUAAACAUAAAUCGGAUAACAAACAUCUAAGCUGGGUAGUCGCAUGUAAAUCUCUAACAAUUAACAAUUACCAACCUAAGUUAGACCUAAUUAAAUAUUAUAAAGUAUAAAAAAAAAGAAAACAAAUUACGAAUUGCAUUUAAAGAACCUACACCUAAAUCUAAACCUAAACCUUUAUAUAUAAAUAUAUAUACAUAAUUAUUUAUACUAAUCUAUAUAUGUAUGCUAUAUGUAUGUAUAACUCUAUGUAUGUAAAAUGUUUUUGUCUAUUUUUCACUAUUUAUACAUAUGCUAUAUACGACAUAUACUAUUUGUAAACGUUCGCGUUCGCCUUUAUUUCGUCAACGUUUUUGUUUAGUUCUGUCCUUACAUGCUAUAUAUACGUAUAUCCAUGUAUGAAUAUGUACUACAUAUAUAUUUUUAUUAAUGUAUAACUAUGCGCACUAAUUAUAUGCAUAUGUGUAACCAAUCGAAAAUUAAAUGUGUAAUAGCUGUUGCUAAACGUUAACUUCA